AUGAGUGAGAGAAGUCAGGAGGAGCCAAGCCCACCAGAACACGCCUCAGCUGAAGAGGUUGUGGAAUUAGAAGAUGUUGAAGAGAAAGAGGACAUACAGGACAUAGCUGAGAGAGAAGAAGCUCAAUCACAGGAGAAAGCACCAAAAGAUGGCCAAAUAGUAAUCUUCAAUUUGAAUGGAGUCACAAACAACCCUCCAAAAGAUCAUUCCAUCUUCCAGUGUGAUGUCAUAGAUGAAACUGUAGCUGAAAUUCACCAGGAAGAGCUGGAAGAAAAGUACACAGAACAAAGUCCAAGUGUGGGGACUCUAUUAGCUAACAAUAAGGACACUUCUGGAUUUUCACAAGCUCCAGACAAUCCAGAGCCUGCCCAUGACCAGAAGAUUGAGUUGAAACCUCUCCCUCCAUAUCUCAAAUACGCUUAUCUUGAAGAAGGGCAGAAGUUUCCAGUUAUUAUUGCACAGGAUCUCACUCUUGAACAGGAAGAGCAGCUACUUAAUAUCAAAGAUGAGAUCAAAGAUGAGAUCAAAGAUGAGAUCAAAGAUGAGAUCAAAGAUGAGAUCAAAGAUGAGAUCAAAGAUGAGAUCAAAGAUGAGAUCAAAGAUGAGAUCAAAGAUGAGAUCAAAGAUGAGAUCAAAGAUGUCUAA